CUGGUCCCUAAUCCUGGUCCUUGGUCUUGGUCCUGGUCCUGGUCCCUAAUCCUGGUCCUUGGUCUUGGUCCUGGUCCUGGUCCCUGAUCCUGGUCCUUGGUCUUGGUCCUGGUCCUGGUCCCUGAUCCUGGUCCUGGUCUUGGUCCUGGUCCUGGUCCCUGGUCCGGUCCGUGGUCCAGGAUGCCGGCCGGGAUGAAGCCUCUGGAGAAGUUCUUGAAGAAGCAGGGCACGGCGCUGACCCGUCACGGCGCCGGCCUGGGAUUGGUGGAGAAGAGCGGGUCGGGCGCCACGGCUCUGGGAGUGGGCGGGUCCAAGAGGAGAGCCAGCCUAUCACGAGUCGUGCCCUUUUUCAGAGAGACGUCCCCCGACAGCAGCCAGCAGAGGGAGCUCUUCAGUCCGGACACCGAGGACCCGCCCUCCUGGCCGUCUGUAGCCCCGCCCCCCGCCCCCCCCAGUGCCAACGGCCCCGCCCCCAGCCCCGCCCCUCCGGACGUGCGGAGCCCCUCCCUCUCCAGCGACGAGCAGAGUUCAGAGGAACCAAUCAGCAGCAGCAGCGACCGCCCGGGCCCCGCCUUCCAGAUGGACACGCCCGUCAACCUGACGCUCGCCGUGCUCGACCACGUGACCCGCCAACGCCACGCCCCCGCCACAGAGACUCUGGUGGAUGACUUCAUGCUCACUCAUCCGAUUUUUCUGACGUCGGACAGAUUCCAACAACUCCUCCUCCAGCAGUAUCGUCUGUGUGAGGCGGAGCGCCCCCUGGAGGAGGAGGAGGAGGCUGUGGUGAUGAAGAAACGCUCGGUUCUCAGCGUCGUCUUCAGAUACUUGGACACGUACCGCGAGCUGCUGCAGGAAGAGGGCGACAGAGGGCACGGCUUCCCCAAGGAGUUGUAUCUCAGUGCGGUUCAGGACCUGAGUCGUUUUCCUGAACUUGUGGAGGAUGUUCUCAAACUCCAGAGAUGGACGGAGAUCCUCCACAACCCGUGCGAGGAGGAGAAGGAGAGUCGGAAGCGACAGGUGCGACCCUUGUUCCGACACUUCAGACGAAUCGACGCCUGUCUGCAGCCGCGAGAGGCGUUCAGGGGCUCCGACGAGAUCUUCUGCAGGGUCUACACUCCUGAUCACUCGUACGUGACGAUCCGGAGUCGACUCUCGUGUAAAGUCGGUGAGAUCUUGGCUCUGGUCCGAGAGAAGCUCCAGUACAGCGAAGACCAGCCCGUCCUGCCGGGACACCUGGUCCUGGUGGCCGUGUCCUCGGCCGGAGAAAAAGUGGUUUUCCGUCCGUCAGAUGAAGCUGUUUUCACGACUCUGGGCGUAAACACUCACCUGUUCACCUGCGAACCCCGAGAACUCGACACUCUGAUGCCCCUCCCGGAGGAGAUCCACUGGAGUCCUGGAGACUCUAAACUUCACGACAUGUCGGCGGAGGAAGUGUCCAACCAACUGGUCACGUUCGACUGGGAACUGUUCACCUGCGUCCACGAGGUGGAGUUCGUGUGUUAUGUGUUUCAUGGGGAACAGUCUCGGUGGCGCCCCCUGAACCUGGAGCUGGUACUGCAGCGCUGCAGUGAAGUACAGUCGUGGGUUUGUACUGAAGUACUUCAGUGUCAGAGUCUCCCCAAGAGAGUACAACUACUGCGCAAGUUCAUCAAGAUCGCAGCACUGUGUAAACAGCAGCAGGAUCUUCUGUCGUUUCUCGCUGUGGUUCUGGGUUUGGACAAUCCAGCUCUGAGUCGACUGCGCCUCACCUGGGAGGGUUUACCGGGAAAGUUCCGAAAACAGUUCCAGCAGUUUGAGAGUCUCGCUGACCCGUCUCGUAAUCAUAAGUCGUACAGAGACCUGCUCCAGACGCUCAGACCUCCACUCAUCCCCUUCACCCCCCUGCUGCUCAAAGACCUCACCUUCCUCCACGAGAGCUGCAAGACCUUCCACGGAGACCUGGUCAACUUUGAGAAGAUGCACAAAGUGGCAGAGAUGGUGCGAACGAUCCGACGCUACAGAAGCUCACAACUGCCUGUGGACACAGAGACGUCUCCGUCUCACCUCCAGACGAAGGCGUACGUCCGACAGCUUCAGGUCAUCGACAACCAGAACCUCCUGUUUGACAUGUCCUGCAAACUGGAGCCUAAAGACACCUAGAAAUACAACCCGCAACCUGCAACCCCAUCAGGCCCAACGGCACCAGGGAAAACAACCCGCAACCCCGUCAGGCCCAACGGCACCAGGGAAAACAACCCGCAACCCCGUCAGGCCCAACGGCACCAGGGAAAACAACCCGCAACCCCGUCAGGCCCAACGGCACCAGGGAAAACAACCCGCAACCCCGUCAGGCCCAACGGCACCAGGGAAAACAACCUGCAACCCAAAAAAUAAAUUAAAUAAAUUAAAAUUUAAAUAUUUAAGUCUGUGAUACUGAACCACUGAGACCAGAGUUCCAAGGAUUAUUCCAGAACUAAACCAGGACUAACCAGGACUGAGGGUCGGUCUGGUACUGGAGUUUGUGGAGAACUGUUUUCAUGGAACAUUAAACUGGUACUGGCCACAAACCUCGUCCUGGACCCGCCCAUGGGGAGGGGGGGUGCUGGACCCGCCCAUGGGGAGGGGGGGUGCUGGACCCGCCCAUGGGGAAGGGGGGUGCUGGACCCGCCCACAAACUGAGGCUGAACUCUUCGGGAAAAGCGGCGGCCAUUUUGUGCUGAGACUCAAAAUGGCCGUCGCUGAAUUUUU